AUGUUGUCACUGCAGGAUCGGCCAGAAAGCGUCGUGAAAAUCCAGUGUUUCCUGGGACACCCUCGCUUUAACAAAAUGUGCAUGGUCUUUUCUUGCCCCCCACCCCUUUCAAGGAAUGACCCUGCCAAGGAACGCCUUCACAUCAAAAUCCAUAUCCACAUCCACAUCCAAAGUGGUUUAUCUUUCCAGAGGUGCAACAAUAUCAUAGAUGUACGUACUCCACCAACUCUGAGUAUGAGCAAGGCCACUAAAUAUAUAAAGUUAUAUCUAGCCAGAACAUUAGAAUUUCCACUGAAUUUCACGAAUUAUAUUGUGAUCUUGUGGCAUAUACGCUAUACAGAAUAUCAUGGUGGCAAAAGACACGGAGUUUUGAUGAAAUCCAGGCAAGCACAGAAGCAGACGCACCGCACCGGAGACUUUGACGAGGCCGAGUUCUGCCAAGGUCUGGAGCGUGGGCCGGGCAUAGGCCAGGAGGCAAAAGCAGGAAUGAAGAACCAGAAAACUAGAUCUGGAAGACCUGCUCUGCCCCCCCCUCCCCCCCCCCCCCCCCCCCCCCCCCCCCCCCCCCCCCCCCCCCCCCCCCCCCCCCCCCCCCCCCCCCCCCCCCCCCCCCUCCCCCCCCCCCCCCCCCCCCCCCCCCCCCCCCCCCCCCCCCCCCCCCCCCCCCCCCCCCCCCCCCCCCCCCCCCCCCCCCCCCCCCCCCCCCCCCCCCCCCCCCCACCCCCCCCCCCCCCCCCCCCCCCCCCCCCCCCCCCCCCCCCCCCCCCCCCCCCCCCCCCCCCCCCCCCCCCCCCCUCCCCCCCCCCCCCCCCCCCCCCCCCCCCUCCCCCCCCCCCCCCCCCCCCCCCCCCCCCCCCCCCCCCCCCCCCCCCCCCCCCCCCCCCCCCCCCCCCCCCCCCCCCCCCCCCCCCCCCCCACCCCCCCCCCCCCCCCCACCCCCCCCCCCCACCCCCCCCCCCCCCCCCCCCCCCCCCCCCCCCCCCCCCACCCCCCCCCCCCCCCACCCCCCCCCCCCCCCCCCCACCCCCCCCCCCCCCCCCCCCCCCCCCCCCCCCCCCCCCCCCCCCCCCCCCCCCCCCCCCCCCCCCCUCCCCCCCCCCCCCCCCCCCCCCCCCCCCCCCCCCCCCCCCCCCCCCCCCCCCCCCCCCCCCCCCCACCCCCCCCCCCCCCCCCCCCCCCCCCCCCCCCCCCCCCCCCCCCCCCCCCCCCCCCCCCCCCCCCCCCCCCCCCCCCCCCCCCCCCCCCCCCCCCCCCCCCCCCCCCCCCCACCCCCCCCCCCCCCCCCCCCCCCCCCCCCCCCCCCCCCCCCCCCCCCCCCCCCCCCCCCCCCCCCCCCCCCCCCCCCCCCCCCCCCCCCCCCCCCCCCCCCCCCCCCCCCCCCCCCCCCCCCCCCCCCCCCCCCCCCCCCCCCCCCCCCCCCCACCCCCCCCCCCCCCCCCCCCCCCCCCCCCCCCCCCCCCCCCCCCCCCCCCCCCCCCCCCCCCCCCCCCACCCCCCCCCCCCCCCCCCCCCCCCCCCCCCCCCCCCCCCCCCCCCCCCCCCCCCCCCCCCCCCCCCCCACCCCCCCCCCCCCCCCCCCCCCCCCCCCCCCCCCCCCACCCCCCCCCCCCCCCCCCCCCCCCCCCCCCCCCCCCCCCCCCCCCCCCCCCCCCCCCCCCCCCCCCCCCCCCCCCCCCCCCCCCCCCCCCCCCCCCCCCCCCCCCCCCCCCCCCCCCCCCCCCCCCCCACCCCCCCCCCCCCCCCCCCCCCCCCCCCCCCCCCCCCCCCCCCCCCCCACCCCCCCCCCCCCCCCCCCCCCCCCCCCCCCCCCCCCCCCACCCCCCCCCCCCCCCCCCCCCCCCCCCCCCCACCCCCCCCCCCCCCCCCCCCCCCCCCCCCCCCCCCCCCCCCCCCCCCCCCCCCCCACCCCCCCCCCCCCCCCCCCCCCCCCCCCCCCCCACCCCCCCCCCCCCCCCCCCCCCCCCCCCCCCCCCCCCCCCCCCCCCCCCCCCCCCCCCCCCCCCCCCCCCCCCCCCCCCCCCCCCCCCCCCCCCCCCCCCCCCCGUGUUGCUGAGAGCGAGAAAUAGGCUUAGUCCUUGUCAGUCGAGAGGUUUCGAGCGCCGAUCCGGAACGUACCCUUGUACUGGGUGCCAGUGGCACUUGCCAAUUCUGGUGGUCCCUGCUGAAGGCCAGUCGGCCUGCACGGUGCUGGGCAGUGAGAACCGGCCCAACCAACGGCCGCCUGGCCCUCAUGCCGUCUUCUUGGAGUCUGUUUCUGACAGUCUGUUCAGAUAUGCGUACUCCAGUGAAAGUCUCCUUGAAGGGACCUAG